AUGACCAAUUCCUUGGACGCCCAAAUCUCCCUGGAGAAGGAGCUAAGCUGUAUCCAGCGAGUGAAGAGGUCCCGCGUGCUUGUCGUCGUGCUCGUAUGUACAGUGAUGUUCACUGACAGUCUUCUCCUGACGCUCGUGGAUCCCAUUUUACCCAAAAUACUCGACAGCUUAGAAAACCCACCGGUUCCUGAAUCGGAGAGACAGCAGCCUGGUUCCGAGUUCAAGGACGGAUCCUUUGAAUCUGUCAGAGACGGACCAGAUAUAUUGCCACGCCCUGACGUCAAAGAUGACCUUAACUAUGGAGGGAAGUUUGGAUACCUGGUAGCGGCAAAAGGCGCUGCCCAGUUUGUUUGCAAUCCUUUCGUUGGGCAUUUCACAUCACGAUUUGGCUAUCGCCAUCCCAUGUUGUUUGGAAGUGUUUUACUGGCCGCCUCGACAAUCGCGUUUGCCUACUCUAUAAACUACUGGAUGUUGAUGGUUACACGGCUCAUACAAGGUUUGGCGUCAUCUUUCACCGCUGUCUCCUCCCUAGGUCUCCUGGCAGACACGUUUAGGGAUGACGAAGAACGUGGUAAGGUUGUAGGAUACGCCUUCGGUGGACUGUCACUUGGGAUUAUAGCGGGUCCUGUCUACGGCAGUAUGCUGUACGAUUUCGUGUCCCCUAAAUUCCCAUUUCAGCUCCUUGCUUGCAUCGUUUUACUCUCUGGAGUGGCACAAAUAUUCACGUAUCAGAAGCAAACAAAGCUAAAGAGGGAAGGUGCCUCCCACAUCUGUAAACUUGCAAGAGACCCCUAUAUUAUAAUAGUGGCUUUGAACAUUUUCCUAUUGAACCUGGAUGGGUCAGUGUUACUUGCCUUCAUGCCUCUAAAUCUAAUGCGACUGGCCAACCCUCCGACGUGGCAAUUAGGUAUUGUGGUAUUGCCUUCCUCCAUUGGGUACAUGGUUGCAGGUGUCAUAUUCCCCAGGAUAGUUAAGUACUUCCCAAGGUGGCUACAAGGUCUAGUUGGCAUGUUCGUUAGUUCUGGAACGCUUAUGGCGCUGGCGUACUCCGAUACCUUCGUUAAUAUGAUGAUUGUUACAGCGUUCCUCGGACUAACCAUGGGAAUGAUAAGUACAUCAAUGCAGCCAAUAUUCGCUUAUCUGGUAGAUAUACGACACAGUGAUGUAUACGGUAACGUGUACGCCAUAUCAGACAUGUCCGUUUGCCUGGCCAUGUUUCUGGGUCCACUGCUUGGAGGACCUGUGCUGUACGCCUUUAGCUACCAAACACUUCUUUUUGCCGCCGCUGUUAUAGACUUGGUCUGUGCUCCUCUCAGUAUAUUACUUCGGAAACCUACGCCUAAAAAUAAUUGGAUCUCAGAUGAUGAAAAGAAGCCUUUAGUGGACUCUAAAUCGCUCCCGUAACACCAGAAUCGGUUU